UCGGCUUGAAAAUGUCAAAAAUGUGCAAAAAUGUAAACAAUUCACCGGCAGUUUGGUUGCAUCAGGACCGGCGGAAAUUUGUUUCUCGUUUUAAUUGAGUUUUGCCCAUUGCAAAACUUUGGGAAGGAUAUCGAACAUCUUUAGAAAGUCGUGUUAGAAGUGGGCAACAUUCAUGAUGUCUUCACCGGCACCGAAAUCCCCCGAAAUGUCGGACAAAAACCGGAAGUACGAUCGUCAAAUUAGACUUUGGGGUGAGCAUGGUCAAGCGAUCCUUGAAGGCGCCCAAAUAUGUUUAAUCAACGCAACUGGCCUUGGAACCGAAAUUUUAAAAGGUGUGGUACUUCCGGGCAUCGGAGGAUUCACCAUUGUGGAUAACGGAUUGGUAACCGAGGAAGAUAUUGGAUGCAACUUUUUCCUAGAUCCAUCCUCGGUGGGACAGUCUCGGGCUAAAAGUAGCAUGCAACUGCUACAGGAACUGAACCCGGAUGUAAAUGGUGACUAUGUGGACGAAAACGUUGACCAACUGAUUGAUGCGCAACCGGAUUUUUUCAAAACUUUUGAUGUGGUCGUUGCUACCAGCGUGAAUGAGCGGACAAUAAUCCGUCUUUCGAAUUUGCUUUGGGAUCAGAAGAUACCGUUGCUGGUAUGUCGUUCGAUUGGAUUCUACGGGGUGGCGCGACUGCAAAUUCAAGAACAUUGCAUUAUCGAAACCCAUCCGGACAAUCGACAGACCGAUCUUCGGCUGGAAUAUCCGUUUGAGAGUCUUAAAAAGCACAUGAAUGAAUCGGAGAUCACAACCAAGGUACCGUGGUUGGUUGUUAUGUAUAAGACCCUCCAGGAGUGGGUUUCAGCACAUGGAGGAAAAUACCCUAGCAGCUACAAGGAAAAAUCCACACUUCGUGAACUAAUUAGAAGCAAGAUGACGGGUGAGGAGGAAAAUUUUGAAGAAGCCAUAAAAGCGGUAAACUCGAGCUUCGGAGGCGGAAAACCAAGCUCAGCUCUUCGAGAUAUACUGCAGGAUGAUAGCUGUGUUAACAUUAAGAAAGAGAGCAACGCAUUCUGGAUAAUGGUGCGCGCCUUGCGUGAUUUUAUCGAUAACGAGGGUGCCGGUAUGUUACCGGUUCCUGGCGUUAUUCCUGAUAUGACCGCGGAUACCAACUCCUAUAUCGCUCUGCAAACCGUUUAUCGUACUCAGGCUGCUCAUGAUGCGGAAAUCGUGUAUCGCAGAACGCGACAGCUGCUCAAGGAGUUGACCAAACCAAACGAUUUGAUCACGGAACGUGAUGUGCGGCUAUUCUGUCGCGAAGCUGGCAACAUUGCUAUUGUGCGUGGUUCCAAAAUCGCCGACGAGUACGAUAAAGGAUACAAAGCUACUCAGAUUAGUGCCGGUUUGGAAACUGCCAACUCACUCAUGGCCCACUAUGUAACGCUACGGGCCGUGGAUAAAUUCCAGGCCGAACACGGUUAUUUGCCGGGUGAGUGUCAGGUCGAAGGCGAUACGACAAGGAUCAAAGGACUGGCGGCCAAAAUGGUCAGCGAGUGGGGCAUUACCACACCGAUCAGCGAUGAUCUGGCGCACGAAAUAUGUCGUUAUGGUGGGGCCGAAAUUCAUAGCAUUUCUGCCUUCUUUGGCGGUUGUAUUGCCCACGAGCUGAUCAAAUUGGUUUCCAAGCAGUAUAAGCCGUUCGACAACACCUUUGUCUACGAUGGAACGACAUCUCAGACGGAAACAUUCAAACUUUAAGGGAUAACAUGGAGUUUGAUGAUUGGCGAUCGUGGAAUUGUGAUUUAUUCUUUUGAAGUUUUGUUCGUUCAUUUUUUUUAAAUAAAAUUUCGUCAA